AUGAGUGUUGAAGCUUUGCAAGUAGCUAAGGUGUACCGCCACCUUCUCAGGGCUGUCAAGAAACACGUUGCCAAAGAAGACAGGGCGAGGCAUUUCAAAGAAUACGUAACUGAAGAAUUCAGGAACAACUGCAAACUGUCAGAUCCAUCUUCCAUUCAGCAGAAGAUUAAGCUUGCCCAUAACUACACUUUUCUUCUUAACAGUGUGCACCAUCACCAGGACCUGUUGUUCUCUUACAACAUUGCUGUGGAUAGAUCAGAUGAGAUGAAAAAAGUACUUGGAAAAUCGGCUGCAAGUGUUGGUCUUCAACUUCCUGAGCACAACUGGUCUCAUCAUCUUCAUCAUCUUCAUCAUCUUCAUCAUCAUGGGUUCAGAAACGUUUCUAGAAGUGAUAUUGGCAAUUAUCCUGCCACCUGUUGGGGUCUUCCUCCGCUAUGGCUGUGGAGUGGAGUUCUGGAUUUGUUUGUUGCUGACACUGUUGGGAUAUAUUCCCGGAAUUAUAUAUGCGUUAUAUGUACUGGUCGGAUGAUCAAGGUUUUCUGGAGGUGA